AUGACAUCGAAUGCCACCAAUGGCACGAGCACGGCUGCGGCCGCGAAGCCGCCCACUGCGAAACGGUUUGAGCUUCCGGCCCUCAACUUCCAAUUUGGCUCCUUGACCGAGGGAACCAACAUUCCGCCACCGCUGCCCUCGCCGAUAUUGGAGGAGCCAGCCACCCAGCUGCCCCAGACUCCAAGGGCGAAGACCGCCAAUGGGGCGCCUGCAGGGCUGGACGGAGCGGGCAAUUCUGUCACUGUCUCUUCUGGUAGUGGUAAGAAGUCGUCGGAUGCUGUGCCUGUGUCUCCCACUGGCUCAAGUCGAGGCAGCCUGAGGCGGUACCUCAGCAAGUCACUCCUCAACGCGUCCUACGAGGAGCAGGCGCCUGCGAAUGGCCAAGGCCCGCCGCGGCCACCCAGCCGGACAGCCAGCGUCCUCGACGAUAGGAAGGCGAAACGAAGCAGCGGGUGGUUCAGGCGCUUAACAUCGAGCGACGGGACGAACAAGCGCACCAGCCUGGCGUUACAAGACAGCAACACUCCUCAGCCAGCAGCGACAGGCCCGCCGCCUCCCAAAAUCCCAGAAAUGAGUCAGUGGAAGGCUCAGGUCGAUACCUCGCUGGGCGAUGACCUGUUCAAAAGCAUUCGCUGA